CCCAUCUCAUCAUGGAGAACAUCCUGCCGCAAACUCGUUUCCAAGGUGCUACUGGCGAAUAUGUCUUUUGGAUAUGGUGUCGGCGACGUUAUCGCCGUACUAGGCCUCUGUGAGCGUAUCGCCAUCGAGCUGCGCAAUUACAAGGACGCGCCCAUGCAAUUCCAACAGCUUCUUGUCGAACUCGAUUUCCUGCGGGGUACCUUGAAACGCGUCUUGAGUCUGGAACCGAAGUGUAGUGCGGAGCGCGAAACUUUGGAGCAGAUCAGAGCCAUCGUUCUCUAUUGUGCGAAACCCUUACAAUCCAUGGCUGACAGGAUGAGAACAAAAGAAAGCAGUCUGGGCCACUUCAAGAGCACGAGAAGUCUGAGCAGCAUCGGUACAAGGCUCCAUUGGUCGAUGGUCGGUCUAAGUGAUGUUCAGGAACUAAGACAGACUGUUGUGUCUCAGAUGGCAGCUAUCAAUGUCCUCAUGAGUUCGCUGGUGAUCGAAAAACACGCAAAUGCCAUGGCCGGACACGCGUCGAAUAUCCUGAAUAUAGCAUCAAAAACACAGAGUGCAAUUGGAGCUCUGGCAGUGAGUUCAAGUAUGCAGGCGGAACUUCAUUCAAAGCAGGCAAACGAGAUAAACAAGAACUUGAACUCUAUGGAGCAGAGUAUGCGUCAUAUGACGCUGAAGACUGAACGCGGUACAGCUGUUGUCCGUCGCGAAGCUGCUUUCAUUACUCGCCACGCUAAGAUCUUAUUCAACCUUAUGCAGGACAUAAGAAAACUAUUCAUCUUGCGUAUGCUCCUCGAUAUAAGUGGACAGCUGAAACGUAUUAUACGCGCUAUUGAAGCUAUUCCACUUCAUCUUACACUCGAUAUCGUUCGGUUAGACGACGUCCAUGGGGAGAGUUGGGCCCUUCCACUGCAGGCUUGUAGGACUUGGGAGUCGUUUAGAGAGAUGCUCCAGUUCGUUGUGUAUGCGAACAAGAGGCCCGGAGCAAAAUACAUUACACAUAAUCUCUUCGCGGUGACGCAAGCGAAAACUGGCAAGGAAGUCGAUCAACAGACGUGGGAAACCAUGGUCAAACCAGGGUUCCAUCUUGAGCAGGCCAUUAUCAUCAAAGGGGCUCACUCAUCCAGGAGAUGUUUGGAUCCAAAGUGUACCGGAAAGCUUCUAGAUCAAGCCCUGGAGUUUGAAGACCGCCAGGUUUGGGUUAAGUUUUUACAAGCGACCGAGCCCAUACAAGAUGCUAAGGAAGCCUAUUGUCGAUUAAGCGAGGAUCCUAAGCAUGCCAUGGCAAACGCAUUCAUCGGCCUUGAAAUGCUUCUUGCUUUAGAAGAAAUCUUUUCUGAGGAUAAAGUUCAACAUGCGACAAGGCACUUGGAGAUUGCCGUCAAAUCAGACUCGCUCGACGCACUAACCAAAGCUGUAGGGCUGAACGCUCACAUCCAUGAGCCUUGGUAUAACCUCGGCGUAUUGUAUGACAGCUGUAAUGGUCAACAUUCAGACGCUGCUGAUGCUUUUUACAAAUGUCUUGAGCGGAAGCCAGAAUUGUCGAAUGUUCGCGCACGUCUUGAAGCUCAGCAAGCUUACGUCGAGGAUUGUGACAAUGAGAUUUUGCGCGAUUUCUUGAUUUACGAGAUGAUUGAUUCGCCCUUGCAGGAUCAAUAUGGCAUGGUAGAUGAAGCCCACGGCGAAGAUGUCAUAUUCGACCCGAUUCGUGAGAGUCGGGAGCAAGACUCCGAGGAUGAAACAGAUGGAGAGGAGAUUGAAGAAAGUGAUUAAAGCGAUUCGGAGCACUAAUCUACUGCAUCAUAUUUAGUAUUUGCUUUUGAAGAAGGAUAAUUUAUGAAACUUGAGGUUAUAUAUCAUUUCGUUUUGUUUCGUACAUCUUUGAUACAAGAGGAAUUGACGACUUUGGCUUCGAUGUAGAAACGAGCGGGCCGC